UUUGAGCGUGUUUUCAUAGCCUCGUGCGUCGAUUGAAGACUCUGCUGAAAAUAUCUAUUAAAAACAAAAAAAAAAUUAAUUAAAAUGGGCAAACCAGGCUUCAGUCCACGUGGUGGCGGCGGUAGAGGUGGAGAUCGUGGUGGCGGUGGUGGAUUCCGUGGACGCGGCGGCGGCGGAGAUCGUGGAGGCGGUGGAUUCGGUGGUGGCGGAGGCCGUGGAGGAUUCGGUGGUCGCGGUCGUGGCGGCGGGAGUCGCGGUGGUGGCCGUGGAGGCUUCGGUGGACGCGGUCGUGGAGGCGGAGAUCGUGGAGGUGGCCGUGGAGGUUUCGGAGGUCGCGGUGGCGGACGUGGUGGAGGCGGCCGUGGCGGUGGUGCUGGCGGUUUCAAAGGCGGCAAAACAGUCACCAUUGAGCCACAUCGUCAUGAAGGUGUAUUCAUUGCACGCGGCAAGGAGGACGCGCUAGUCACUCGCAACUUCGUGCCCGGCUCUGAGGUCUACGGCGAGAAGCGCAUUUCUGUUGAGACUGGUGGCGAGAAGAUUGAGUACCGUGUGUGGAAUCCUUUCCGCUCCAAGCUUGCCGCUGCUAUACUUGGUGGCGUUGAGAAAAUACACAUGCCACCUGGCUCCAAGGUGCUGUACUUAGGCGGUGCGUCCGGCACAACUGUCUCCCAUGUUUCAGACGUUGUUGGUCCAGAGGGUCUGGUUUACGCUGUUGAGUUCUCACAUCGUUCGGGCCGUGAUCUGAUCAAUGUGGCCAAAAAACGUACCAACAUUAUACCUAUUAUUGAGGACGCUCGCCAUCCACACAAGUAUCGCAUGCUGGUCGGCAUGGUGGAUACGAUUUUCGCUGAUGUUGCACAACCCGAUCAAGGCCGUAUUGUCGCAUUGAAUGCGCAACAUUUCCUUAAGAAUGGCGGACACUUUGUCAUCUCCAUUAAGGCCUCCUGCAUUGAUUCUACUGCCCAACCUGAAGCUGUAUUCGCUGCUGAAGUUAAAAAGAUGCAGGCUGAUAAACUGAAACCACAGGAACAGCUGACGCUGGAGCCAUACGAGCGUGACCACGCUGUCGUCGUGGGUGUCUAUCGUCCUCCGCCAAAGCAAUGAGCACUGAAUUGUUGACUCGCAAUUGUGGUUAGGUUAUAAGCUAUAUAGAUAUAUAUAAUACUUCUAUUAAUGCAGUCGUAUUGUAUUAAGUUUCUUUUUAAAUUUAUA